AAGCCCGCCAAGUGUGUUUGAAACAGAGAGAGAAGCCAUCGCUGGAUAGUCGGCGGCGGUCUCCAUUUUCCGUCCGGUCAUUGCUUGAUCAUCUUCUUUGCUUCGCCUGCGGAUUCUUCUCCCUCACUUUCUUGCUUUGGUCGCAGGCGAUCUGGUUGGAUUUGCCGCUCAAGAUCGGCCGAAACGAAGACGAAACUUGGUCUCUUUCUCUCUCUGGGAGUUGGAAGCUAUGGAGUUCUACAAGGGGAUGGGAUGGCAGAGUACAAAAGGUUGUAUCUUUUGCAUCAAUAACUGUGGCUUCUUUGGAAGUGCGGCCCUGGGAAACAUGUGUUCCAAGUGCCACAAGGAUAUGCUGCAGAAGCGAGAACAAGCUGAGCUCACAGCUUCCUCCAUCAGCAGCAUUGGUACGGCAAGCUCCAGCGAGAGUGGGAAGGAGCAUGCGGUUGCUGGUGCGAGGGACAUGCACAGCGGUGCAGUGGAUGUUGAAGCCUCAUCAAUCAAAAGUUCACCAGAAUCAACUUCAACUGGGAAUUCAGCUGUAUUGCUGUUCCAAAAUCUCAGAAUGAAUGUGACGGAUGGGCCUAAUAGGUGCGCUACAUGCCGCAAACGCGUGGGUUUGACCGGGUUCAACUGCAGGUGCGGCAACCUUUUCUGCGCGGCGCACCGGCACUCUGAUAAGCACGACUGCCCCAUUGAUUAUCGGACCGCUAACCAGGCUGCUCUUUCUAAAAGAAACCUUAUUGUCAAGGCAGAAGAAAUCUAGAAGAUAUAGAAUUCAGUUGUCGAAUUGAAUGGUCAGGUUCUAGUCUAAUGCUGGUUUUACUUUUCUGUGAAUAUCAUAUCGUGACGCUAGUUGUUAGCUCAUGUCUUGAAGCAUGAUAUUGAGGAGAUUUUCUCAUGUAAAAAGCAUAUUGCAGCAUCACUUCUGGACAUUGCAAUUUGUUUGUUUUUGGGUA